CGGAAAGAUUAUAUUCCAGUAAGUAUUUCUUUUGCCUGCUCUCAGAUGCGCUGGACUGUAAGCUGCACCUUUUCGCCUGUAAUGUGACACUACAUAUCGACAGGGUUUUCUCUGGCAGACUUUGCCGUGGACUUCCUGCCUUCCCCCUCCCCACCCCCCACGGUCCUCCAGAAGUUGAGUUGGUGCUGAGGGUCAUUAUGAGAUGUCGUCUCACAGUGCCUCCUUCGUGCAAAUCAAGUUUGAUGACAUCCUCUUCUAUGAGCACUGUGGCGGCGGCAGCUUCGGAAGUGUCUACCGAGCCAGGUGGAUCUCCCAGAACAAAGAGGUGGCGGUGAAAAAACUGCUCAAGAUUGAAAAUGAGGCUGAAAUCCUCAGUGUCCUCAGCCAUCGCAACAUCAUUCAGUUUUACGGGGCAAUCAUUGAGGCGCCCAACUAUGGAAUCGUCACUGAAUAUGCAAGUGGGGGAUCCUUAUAUGACUACCUGUCUAGUGAUGAGAGUGAGGAAAUGGACAUGGGUCAGAUCAUGACAUGGGCCAUGGAGAUCGCCAAAGGAAUGCACUAUUUACACUCAGAGGCGCCUGUUAAGGUUAUCCACCGAGACCUCAAGUCCAGGAAUGUUGUUAUAACAGCAGACAGAGUCCUCAAGAUCUGUGAUUUUGGGGCGUCCAGGUUCCUGUCCCAUACAACACACAUGUCCUUGGUGGGCACGUUCCCCUGGAUGGCUCCAGAGGUGAUCCAGAGCCUGCCUGUGUCUGAAACCUGCGACACAUUCUCAUACGGCGUGGUUCUGUGGGAGAUGCUUACACGCGAAAUCCCCUUUAAAGGCCUGGAAGGCUUACAAGUGGCCUGGCUGGUGGUGGAAAAAAACGAGAGGUUAACUAUUCCCAGCAGCUGUCCUGCCAGCUUCGCCGAGCUCAUGAGGAAGUGCUGGAUGGCGGAGGCCAAGGACAGGCCGAUGUUCAAGCAGAUCCUAUCUACUCUGGAGUCCAUGUUAGACGACAGCCAACUUCCUCAGCAGUGCAACUCCUUCCUCCAUAGCAAGGCUGAAUGGAGGUAUGAAAUUGAAGCCACACUUGAGAGGCUUAAGAAGCUGGAGAGAGACCUGAGUACAAAAGAGCAGGAGCUGAAGGAGAGAGAGCGGCGCCUGAAGAUGUGGGAGCGCAAACUCGUUGAGCAGUCCAACGCGCCGCUUUUGCCCAGCCUUGACAUCUACACCUGGACCGAGGAGCAUGUGUAUUUCUGGAUGCAACAGAUAUUCAGAGGAGGGCAGGAUGCAUGUGGCAUGCAGCUGUAUGCGGACCUGUUUAAAGAAAACCACAUCACAGGCAAGAGGCUGCUGCUGCUCACAGAGAGCGACAUGCGGGACUUGGGGGUCAAGUCCAAAGGUCAUAUCAUGCACCUAAAGAGUCAGAUUGAGAAGCUAACAGACGAUUACCUCGGGCUCCUCCACUUCCCCCCGCUGUUAAAGGAUGAGCUGCAGGAGGAGGUGGAAGGAAGGAAAACUGUGAAUCUGGAGCUGGUGUUUGGGCACCACUGGAAGGCAGGAACAGGAAACUCUGACUGCAAAUGGAAAAUGUACAUGGAACUUGAUGGGGAUGAAGUUGCAGUAACGUACAUCAAAGAUGUCACCUUUAAUGCCAACCGGCAAGAUGUGGAUAUCCUGAGGAUGACUAAGCCACCUUUUGUGAUGGACAAAUGGAUUGUGGGAAUAAACCAGAACCAGACUGUGGACUAUGUAGUCAAUUAUGAGAAUGACGUCAAGUCACCAAGGUCUACCAGACACAGCAGUGCAGUGAGGUGGAGUCCCAGUGGUGGAGAAGAUGAGAUCAAGACUGUGGAGCUGGUCAUAGAAGCAGCACCACCCAGCAUCGACUGGAACAUGAGGAGCAGGUCUGACUUUGAUGUAGAUCCCAGAUGGAUGUACAGCGUGAGGCAGAGGCAGAUGAUAAAACAACUAUCACAGCGGCCGUCUGUUGCCGUGACCACCUCAGGCAACUCUGAUGCAUGCACUCUGCCUCAGUUCCUGUCUGCAUAUGGAGACCAGGCCUCGUCCUACGCUGCAGCUGUGCGCCGCUCUCCCAGCCGCAGCACCAGCUCUCCCUGGUCUGACUCACGCACCUCCUCGCCCACUGCCGGCCUCUCCACCAAGCUGGCCCCGCUCCACCUGGGGUCAAAGGGCAGCAGCCCCUCCAGCACUACAUCAGAGAGCGCCUCGGAGCGGGACAGGGAGCGCCCGCUCAGUGCCGGGGCAGCGUACGACCACCACAGACACAGAUACUUCAGCAGUACGUUUGGGGUGAGAGGAGGAGAAAGUAGUAGACAUGCCUCGGCCUUCAGUAGAACUGGCUUUACUCAGACUAAACCCGGUAAAACCUCACAGCAGCCGGGGAGGCCACGGUCCAACAGCUGCGGUGUUACAUCCCACAACCGCCCCCCCAAGUUGAUACCAGGUAUAUUGACGGUGACAGAAAACCCCAGCGCACACAAAGAGGAGGGUAAAGCCAGUGAUGGGGGGUGGAUCAAAGUGGAGCGUCAAAAAAGAUUACCACGUCUGGACAAUAAACAAGUCAGAGGCCGACCGAGGAGAGGAGGCAGAGGCGGACGUGGAGGGGGUGGAGGGGCAAGAAUUCAAGGCCUUCACAUGAACUGAGUCUCCUCUUGUAUGCUGGGUCAUGUCAUGCACUGAAAUGUUUUUACAUAUGAUCUAUCCAUUUGUAUAAACAGGCCUUCUGUAUGAAAUUAAUUCAAUGUCUGUUUCCACUGACAGUUUGAAAAAAAAAAAAAAUGAAAUGGUUCUUGUUUUUAUCCAUUUUAUGCUUAUGGUGCAAAUAUCUGUUUUACCACCUA